AUGGUGCUUUCAUGCUUCUCUCGUACCUUCUUGGAUAUCACUUCCGGAGAUGGUAGCCUCGCCAAAGCCCUCCAGGACAGUAAUCAAAACUGUAGCGUAAAUGGAACUCUUGGUGCUCUCCGAACCAGAUCUAACUCCAAGACACCAACAAGAACCUUGUCCAGAAGUGGUUUGUCCCCAGAUGAUUCCAGUAUUUCUAGUAGAAAAACUCCAACCUCCUCCGUUAAAACGAUGACCGCAUUACACGAGUGUGAUGGCGACAGAUAUAUGCCUAGUAGGUCAUCAACAAAUAUGAUUCGAGCACAACACAUGUUACGAAAGCAGGAAGAUGCGGUGGACGAAGAAACUGCAGAAUAUCAAAAAGCUGUGGCAGAAAGUCUAAAUACCAAUGAUAUCCCUGGCAGUAGGAUUCUUCGCUACAAAGCAACCGUUCGAGACAGCGCUAGUGUUAAAUGCAUUACAGAAACUACCAAGUCAUCUAUAAAGGCAUCCUAUAAGCGGGCAAUACCUCAGAUGCCAGAAAAAGUUCUUGACGCCCCAGACAUUGUUGAUGAUUUCUAUCUAAACAUUUUGGAUUGGUCAGUGGAUAAUAUACUGGCGAUAGCAUUAAAUCGAGAAGUUUAUCUUUGGAACUCAAUUACGGGUCAUAUUACAUGUCUGAUGUCUAGUGGUUAUGAAGAUGAAUACAUUUCCAGCUUAAAGUGGUCGCCUGACUCUCCCAACAUCAUAGCAAUUGGUUCUAGUGCUGGUCGUGUACAACUGUGGGACAUUGUUAACCAGUCAUUAAUGCGUACAAUGCGUCUUGGAGGUGUGAGUUCAGGUGGUCGUGUUCCUGCAGUUGUGUGGCGUGAGUACCUAGUUUCCAGUGCAUCUAGAACUGGACAUAUUCGACACCACGAUACACGUAUUGCUCAUCAUGAAGUUGGUGUUGCUGACUUUCAUACCCAGGAAGUUUGUGGAUUAGCCUGGUCUCCAGAUAAAAACUACCUUGCAUCAGGAGCUAAUGAUAAUUAUGUAGCUAUUUGGUCUGCGAAUGACAAUUCAAAGCCUGUACAUGCUUUAAGCGGUCAUCAAGCUGCAGUUAAGGCACUAGCAUGGUGUCCUUGGAAACCUAAUCUUUUAUGUACAGGUGGUGGGACAUCAGAUCAUACUUUACGAUUUUGGAAUACAGCAACUGGUGCAUGUGUAAAAUCAGUUGAUGUAAUUGCCCAGGUAUCUGGUAUAAUAUGGAAUACAGAAUAUCGUGAAAUUUUGACUAGUCAUGGCGAUCCUCUUAAACAAUUAGUUAUAUGGAAAUAUCCAGAUAUCACUAAGAUUACUGAUUUAAAAGAACAUCAAAGUCGUGUUUUAUGUAUUACAUCAUCACCAAAUAACGAGAUGGUUGCCAGUUGUGGAGCUGAUGAAACCUUACGAGUUUGGUAUUGUUUCCAAGUUGAUCAUAACAAGAAACGUAUGGAAGAGAAACGUCAACGACCUUCAGUGUAUGCUCGUGGGAUACGGUGA